GCGAUGCCGCGCCGGGCCGGGCCGGGCCGGGCGGCGCCGGAGGGCCGUGGGAGCUGCUGCACCUGAUACACCGGGGCGGGAGCGCGGUGGAGGAGGGCGGGAGGGAGCGGCGCUGCCGCCGCCUGCGAGCGCCUCUCGCCGCCGUUAGACAGCGCUGGUCUCGCCGCUUCUCCCUCCGCCCGCCCCUUCUGCGCGGAGCUGGGCUCUCGCUCCUGUUCCCCUCGGGGCCGGCGGCAGCGCGUCCUCCUCCUCGUCUCCCCUGGGCCCCAUGGCUUCGGCCGGCAGCGGCAUGGAGGAGGUGCGCGUCUCGGUGCUGACCCCGCUGAAGCUGGUGGGGCUGGUGUGCAUCUUUCUGGCGCUGUGCCUGGACCUGGGAGCCGUGCUGAGCCCCGCCUGGGUGACGGCGGACCACCAGUACUACCUGUCCCUCUGGGAGUCCUGCCGCAAGCCCGGCAACUUGGACAGCUGGCUCUGCGAGUCGACGCUGCACAGCGACUGGCAGAUAGCUACCCUGGCUCUGCUGCUGGGUGGUGCUGCCAUUAUUCUCAUAGCUUUCCUGGUUGGGCUGAUCUCCAUCUGCGUGGGAUCUCGGAGGCGGUUCUACAGACCAGUUGCAGUCAUGCUCUUUGCUGCAGAUUCUCCUGAGACUCAGCAGCCGUGGUUUGCCUUCAUCCUGUCACUCACAUCUGCAUUGGAGCCAGCAGCUUAAGCCCCUUCUGAUAGCCCAUAAUGAAGAGGAUGACAGAACCUCGGGAUGUAUUAAAAAAAGCCACUUAGGAGGAUAUGAGAGGAUAAGAGCAUGGAAUUGGAGGGAGUUUGGGAUGAAGGCUCCUGCUGCCCCCUGCUGAUAACAUGGCCUUGAUGGAACCGAGCCCUUCAAGAUAGUCCUUUUAUGUGGUCAAGACACAUUCCUAGAUUACAUUUCAUUUGCUUUUAGGAAAUUAAAGCAACCUAGGAUCAGAUUCCCUGAGUGGAAAUCAUCUGGUUUUGUUCUAUGUGUUGCACUGCUUGCUUGGUUAAAUGAAUAAAGGUACUGGUGCCAAUGUGUUAAAAUUAGUGUUAAUUGUGAGGUUUAUAGGGUAUGCUGUUUAGUUAACUUUGAAGAAAAUGGGGUUAUUUAAUUUUUCUGGUGGUUUCUUGUUUGGCUUUUGGCCUCAUUUCUCAUAAUGUUGUGUAGUAACUUGGUAAUUAUUCAGCCAUACACGCCUGUCUUGCCGUGUUGCUCAUUUAGUAGUUUAGUUUGUACUAAAAAAAGAAAUGGCUUUCCACAAGAAAAGAUUUCCUCAAAUCCUACUGUUUGUCUUCUCUCUGUAUGUGCUCUCCUCUGCAUAAAAUUGUUUCUAGUCUUUACUACAAAAGGUUGGUGGUGAGGAGGUUACUGCUUACUUGAAUCUAAGAGGAAAUUAAAUUGGUUCUUCAGCUUAUGAUUGUGUUCACAUCUUCCCUUUGCCUCUGUGUGUGUGCAUGUGCAUUUUGAGCAGCCAUAACCUGAAGCAUAUGAGAAGAGAGAUGAUGAGGCCAAGAUAACCAUUCUUCUUCAUUAUCUGGCAAAUCUGAAGAGAAUCCUUUCAGGAUUUGACACUUACAUUGUUAAAAGACAUUUCCUGCAGGUUUUAUCUUUGAUGUCAGCAAUUUGUAGAGAUGAAUAUGGAUGGUGUAUCUUGAAAGAAUUGUGGAAAGAAUCCCCCACUGAAGAGGGGAAAGUUAAGAUUGUAGCAGUUUGUGCCUUAUGCAGCUUUCCAUGGAUUCAAGCCUUCCAUCUGUGGAUUUCACAAAUCUUUCAGGAUAAACACCACCCUGACCUGUGAAUGUGCUGUCAAGACCAAAUAUUCUGUAUAACUGUGGUUGGGAGUCUAUCAGCUGCCUCUGGAUAAAGGGCACAGUAUGAAUUGCCCAGAGACAUUUAAUGAUGGGUGUUGGGUAGAAAAGGUCUCUGUGUGGAAAAAAGGACAAAAUGGAAAAGUUAUUUCCAGGUGCUUUAUAGAGUCCAAACAGUUGGCUCCAGGCUAUUUUUUUUCCUUCAAGUUUUGAUUUUCUUUUUUUUUCUCAGCUUCAGCUUUCAGUUAGCAAGUCUGUAGGUGAGGGGGAAGAUUGACUGACUAGGACUGGAAGACAUGAGAAAGAAAGGGACCAAGAAAACCAAAAUUCAACCUAGAUGCUGAGAAUAAGCCAGCAAGUAAUGCAGAGAUGUGAAUGUGUUUUCAUAGAUCUGCCAGUAUGUAUUUCAAUGUUGAGAGGUAGAGGAACACCUCAGGUAAUGGAAAAAUGUGGAGCAGACAGGGAGGCAGUUGCAGGAAAUCUCACUCAUCUUGGCUCAUGUGGCUCUUUGGUCUAGUGGAGGUCUCCAGCUCAUGGACCUGCUGGGGUAUCUUAGAGUUCUUGGCCCUGAAAACUGCACCCUCAAAGUGCAGGCUGACAAACCUGUCAUGAUACACUUACUGUUUAACUAAGUGCUAACCAAGUCUAAUUUAGGGGCAGAAAGAGAAACUGUGUUUGCUGAAAGUCCAUAAAAGAAACAAAAGAAAAAAUAAAGAUGCUUUCCUUUUGGUAUUGUGUUUUAACAAAUGUGACAAUGUUUGGAAGAAUAGCCUGCUGACAUUACCAAGCUUUUAACAUGUUGCACAAGAUGCUCUUACAUGCAAGCUAGUAAAAACAGUGGCUAAGUGAAAACAUUACAGGUAAGAAAGUUAUAUAAAAUGGUGGCAUAUAAUAAUUGGAGAAUAUUUAAGGAGGUGUCUUCUAAUGCUGAUAGAGAGAGCAUAGUCCAGCUGGACUGCAUCCUUAGUUCUGUGCUAUUACCUAUUUUCAUAAUGAUGUGGAAGAUAGAAUGAAAAUUUACUUGUCAAAUUUUGCAGUGCAAGUAGAAAAAAUUGCAGAUACAUUGAAAGGCAGAAUUUGAUUUUGUGAAGUUGGUGGAAUGGUCUGAAAAAGUAGGAAUGACUUCAGUAGAAUGUAGUGCAGAUUGCUGUAGGGCAGCGAGAAGAGUCAUUAUAUCAAAGAAAUACUGUUGCAAAAAUACUCUGUAGGUUAUGUAGUCCAAUUUCCUUGUUGAGGCAGGAUGGUCACUGACAGUGACAGCUUUGUCUGGUCCAGUUUUGAUGAAAUUCAAGCAUGAAGAUGCUGUGACCUUUCCAAGCAUAUUGUCCUGGGCACAUGCAACCCUCCUUUUGAUACUUUUUAAUUUAUUGAUGUCCGUCCUGAAUCUCUGAGGUUAAUGUCCACUCUAUUACUGCCAGCUUACCUGACACUACUUAAAAAGAGGAUUUUUUUUUUCUGUCUUUGUUGCAGCUAUGCUUUCUGGUAAUCUUUGAAACACCUAACACUUAUUAGUGAAGUGCUUUACUCAUCUGAAAUGAGCAGGAGGUGGAGAACAGAACUUACUAGCCAGCACCAGCAUUUUCAUAAUUACAGAUCAAUUAGAAAGCCACAUCGCAAGUGGGGUUUUUUUUUUGCAUCAAAACUUACAGUCAAACAUUUGAGCAAAAAAAAAAAAAAAGAUGACAGAAAUUGUAUUUUCCUACUUUUAAAGAAUUUGUUAUGAUUUCUGCAUGUUUAAUAUGAGUGUGUAUAAUUGCUUAUAUUUCAUAUGCAUGGAAUAAAACUAGUAGUCCUGCUCCAUAUUGAAAGCAUCAUAGUGCUUCAUAAAAACAUGUCUAUGUCUGAAGUGAACAAUCAAGUUUGAGAUAAUUAGUCUUUUUGAACAGCAUUUGAGUAGCAGAUUUUUUACUAUUUCCUUUGCAGCCUGUUUUUUCUACAGAAAAGACUUGUACUUCUGAAGAAAGAUAGUACACACUUCCCUUAAGCAAGUCAGCAUAGCAUGGAGUUCCUUUAAAUUCAUUAGAAACAGAUCAGUAGUUGCAGGCAUUGCUUUCAACAUCUUUUGGGGUCAUGCUGGUCAUUUCUCAUAACUUUGCUGACUGCUCUUUCUAGCUUACACAGCUCCCUUCCUGCUCUACAGGGAAAAACAAUGACAGAAGGCAAAAUUAGUGCAAAGUGAUGACAGUGCUGUGUAGGGUGGCUGUUCCCACCAGCCACUUGCUGCCAGCACUUCUUUUGAGUUCUACAGUAGUGUGUCUGGACCAAUAGUAGGAAAAGCUGGAGCCCUCACUAUGGAAAUGUCAAAAAAACCCUCUUGUGUGUGUUGCUGCUCUAGCAACAUGUUCCUCUUCCAAGAGAAUCACUUUUUUUUCAGUUGUGUUUUGACAAGUCCAAUCUGUAGAUUGAAAUUAAGCAUACUUCAUAUGUUACACUGGGGAAGGUGGAGACUUCCUUGGUUUGCACUUGACACAGACACACAUGGAGCAGUUUUUGCAUUGACUCAGCAGAGAUGCUGCUUCUCCAGUGCAGGAAGCCACUAAAGAAAAACUCAUGUAUUUCCAUACAUUUUCAGAAACCCUUUCUGACCUUGAAUGGUAUUAAAGAUGUGUCUGAAAGCUGAGCAUAUGUUGAGGUGUUUUUGGAUGUAAAGAUGCUCUCAAUUAUACAGAACUGGAAUGCAUAAUCUUUUCAUAAGAGUAGGUGCUUUUCACAGUGUAUUCUGCCAGAGUUUCUCAAAUGUUCUGCAGUAUUUUGUGAGCUGACAGACAAAAAAAAAAUAUAUAUUCAAAUGGAAUAACACUAAGUAACACUCUAAUAACUGUAGAAUUAAAAAAAAAGUCCUGUGGAUUUCAAUAUCCACAUCAGAAAAUCCACUAUGCAAAGAGUAUUCAGAUUGUCAGCCUCAUGUAAGGGUUCAAAGACUACUCUGUCAGCUAAGAUGGGAUGAGCUGAAAUUUCCAGUAAGUUUUAUCACUGAGGUUCUGAUGAGCAUGGGACAUGAUCUCCCCAUACCAGUCCUGCUCAGGACAGGUGAGUACUUGUUCUGCAGGGCUAAUGAAAGGGGUCAGUUGGACAAGGGUGUGUGGGAGUGAAUUGGCCAAUGUGUGUCUGUGGAUCUCCAAGACAGUGCUAUAGGAAACAGUGAUUUUGAGGCUUUUUAAUGUCUUGGAAUUUGAUCUAUUUUAUUAUCUUCUUUCAUCACACAGAAUUUCUGACCCACCCUCUAAAUUCAUAAUAGUUUGCUGGUCUGAAGUUUAGUGGCUGAUCAAAUUUUAUAGAUUCCUUGGUAUUCAGUGCAAGAAUGUCAUUAAUUCUGAUUACAGAACACAGUAAUGCAUAUGAAAUAUGUGAUUCACUGAAUCUCUACUGAGCACAAGUAUAUAUCACCUGUGACAAUGAAUUAUUUCUAGGCUAAGUAAAUUAUUUGAUUCUCAGCUACAUUUCUUAAUAUGUAUUCUUGCUUCUCAUUUUGACUUAUUUAUAAUGGCAAUAGAACAAGUUUUGCUGUUAUAGAAGGAGUAAUGACUGCAAACUAAAAUAUAAAGGAGAGACUGAAAAGAAUUUGGGAAAUACUACUCUCACUGUUUAUAUUGUGGACAUUUGAAGGAUCAUAAUUAUAUUGCAGCAAUAAUAUUUGUUCAUCAACGAGGGAGUAUGGAAGAGCUGCUCUGUUCUCUGUGAAUGAAAUGAAGGUGAUUUAAAAGAGCAGCACUUACAAGCUAAAAAUCACCAAAAGCAUUUUAAUUUCAGUUAUUUGAUAUUUUUUUUGUUUUAGGGAAGUAAAAUAAGACUUCUUCUGAUGUUUGCAUUCU